GUUUCUGGUUUCUGGUUUCUAUGCGCUCUCCUUUGCGCUUCUGCUUCUACAUUCGACGUUGAGGUAAAGUUGUACCCCGAUUGCAACAACCACCAAAACGUCCCACGCGACCUGUGAUCAUCGACUGGUCCCUUAAACAUUCUUACGGCCGCCAAUCGGACAGGUCACACACCUGCAUCCCGCCCUGAUUUCUCAUGUUUUCCCAUGAUUUUCUAUCCUGAAUCCCUUUUCCAGUCGACACCGCCACACCCAUUCUCUAUAGAUUGCAGGACCGCACCUUUUCUACGUGUAGCCUCUCCUCACCCAUGUUUCUAGCCCCUCAGCUAUUCGUGGUCUGGUUGUUUUGACCCAUCCUUCAAUCCUGAAACUAAACCUACGUAGCGCAGUGUAUUCGAGCCGCCGCCCAAGCCGCUCUCUAUAAUUGACACAACAACCCUAUUCUAAUACGGGAGCUAGUUACCGGCAUUGUGUAUUAUUUAAGAUCGAGCUGGGAUCCUCCCCAGUAGAACGUUUUUCGUCAUACAUCGUGAAUAUCCACUAUCAACCUCAGCCUUGAAUUACCUCCUCUUCCAAGAUGGCCUUCCAGCAACCUACACGCCAGGCCACUCAGCGGGUCUUUCGUCCUUCACCUGAAGAUGAAGAGUCGUCACAAUUACCUCCGUCAGCCUCUCAAGCUGUCCAAGAUUCUCAGACCUGGGUUCUCUUCUCGCCCCCCACCGAUGCCGGCACCUCGACGUCCUACUUAACUUCAACCCAUAAGACUAAUAGCACACCGGGUCGUUCGCGGCUGAGUGAAGUUGGAAGCCUUGGUACAGUUGCGCCAUCGGGUCCCAGUGCUGGGCAGCAGCAAUCUUCAAGCUUUGUUGAUGCGGCGGAUGAAGACGACGAUACCGAGCUAGACAGCUUGGACAGCCAUCUUGCCGAAUUUCGCUCCGCUCCUAACUUCUACGACUCACCGCAUGCUCAUCCUUAUGCAACACCUGUUGUCCCAGGUCAUAAUGGUCUCGGUAUGUUUCGGUUGGAUCAGGGUGCCGACAUGCAGGAGCGACUUUACGCAUUCGAACAGUACAAUCCUCACCGCGCGACGAGACUCGGAAAUUUAGACUUAAAUCACAUCGAACCCGAAAAUGAGACGACCCGUGAAAUGGAUAAGAUGAAGUGGAUAGAAGCAUGGCGUCUAGAACAAAGCCGUUGCCUUCUAGAGGAGAUCCAGAAAGAAACGCGCAAGAGGCGGCGAUCCGUUGCCAGUGUGUCGGUACCCAACCACAUAGAAGAAAAGGACGACGAUGCAGUAACAAUGAGCGGUCUGGACGAUUCGUCAAGUGGAGCAGUAGAUCAGAGCCAAGAAUGGCAUGAUCACGACGGAAGUGAGCAAGGGGCAGAUGACGAGAGCAUCUGGGGACGCAUCACUCGAAAAGUUGUCCGCGACAUUUUGGGAAUUGACGACAAGAUACUCUCAAUCUUAUUCGGUGAAGAAUUACCGGAUGAAGAAGACCUUCCCUCAACGCCAAAGCUAUCAUCGAUACCCACAUCUCAACAACCAGACAUUAGCAUGGAAGAUGCGACAGAUUCCGGAUGGCAGCUCAAAAUGUUGGAGCGGGUCGCUAAAGAGCUCGGUUCACUCAUUCAUCGGCUCUCCGACCAUCCUGGAGCCUUCUCGACUUUCAGUCGAGUACAGCAAAUGCCUAUUCCGUAUGCAGGGCUACCCCCCAUACCGGAGGGUAUAAACGACACCACAACCAGCGCAAGGACAGAAGAGCCGUCCGUGGCCGUCCCCGAGUUCCAGCCAACAUUAGCUACACGAGCGCAACCUAUCAACGCACCCCAAGUUACACAACCGACGAAGUCAGGUCAAGCUAAUACGCAAUCACAAUCGCAAUUAGACAGUUCUGCGCUAGCAUUUACACAGGAAGAAUGGGAACAAGAGCUAGAUGUAAGGCUCGUAUUCCGUUAUCUCCGGUCACGCUUCACAUCACGAUCUAGCAACAGCGGUGUGAUCUCUAGCAAUUCUGGCAUCGCGUCUUCGAGCGCCCAAGACGCAGCCGCCAAGGUUGCGCGGGUGCGUCAACACCACCCGUUGAUGUCGGGGCGGCGCACUGUAGAAAGGCGCAAGUCUAAGACAACAGUGCCUUCAAGUCCCUUGUUCAAACAUGCGUCGAGCUGCGCUAGUCAAAGCACGCGGAGAUCUGUUAGGAAAAGUAGCGCCUCAUCAUCUCGGCAUUAUUGGGACAUCGGCGGUUCUGUCGGCACCGGCUCGAUGAUCGCAACGACAGGGCCUAUGGGAAGUUGGGGCGAGGUCUAAACGUGACGAGAAAAUUUUGAAUAUAUCGGUACCAGUCCGAACGAGCUACGCUGUGACGGGUUAUGUAUAUUAUUGGGUUUACGGGGCUUGGGGCUUGGGGCUUGGGUUCGGUUGCAUGGCAUUUUUUACGAGGCGAUUUAAAGUCGGUCUAACUCACGUUGCAUCUCACAUUGCAUAUCUCAUAUAUAUAAGAUACCACUACCACUACCUACUACUACCAUAUUUAUACCAUUUGUACCUAUCUUAAAAGAAAUGAAAAAGGCCGAUGCUGCGCGGGCAGGUCAACGUUAUACCUUCCAUUGGCCAAUCAAGGAUUUAAAUUGAUUUAUUUUGGUGACGUUAAUAGCUUCAAAUGUUUAAGCUAGCUUAGGUAGCUUAUCCUUGUCCUGGCCGUUCAGAACGCCCGAUGCAUAUCGACAGCUAUUAGUGACUCCG